AUGUCUCAGUAUCUAGUGCCGUCUCUACACAUUUACACACCCGGGCAAGUACUUGGAACACUUCACUUCCAGCCACCACUCGGUACUUCUGGCCUUACUCCCAGCCCAUUUCCUGUCCGUUUACCCAUUACCAGAGGGAGGUCUGCUUUCUUUUCAAAUGCCUGCCAACACGUGGCAAUAGUCUGCUGUUCAUACCAAUCUGUUCUUACCGUUGUCUUUUUACAUCUAUCUAUCUAUCUAUCUAUCUAUCUAUCUAUCUAUCUAUCUAUCUAUCUAUCUGUAUUAGGCUGUUCAUACCAAUCAGUUCUUACCGUUGUCUUUUUACAUCUAUCUAUCUAUCUAUCUAUCUAUCUAUCUAUCUAUCUAUCUAUCUUAGCUUGUUCAUAUCAAUCUGUUCAUAUCAUUGUCUUUUCACAUCUAUCUAUCUAUCUAUCUAUCUAUCUAUCUAUCUAUCUAUCUAUCUAUCUAUCUAUGUACCUAUCUAUCUUAGGCUGA